AAGCCGGGCGGAGCUUGAUGCUCCCUGCACCAGAGCGGUGCACUGUGGGAAAAUCCGGGCUCGGAGUCGGUACGCAGCCGCCGCGCGCUGCCGUCCCGCGGAGGAAGCGCGAGGCAGGAGGCCCGAAGGACCGCGUUAAGGAGGAGAACGCAUAUAUAAUGCCCAGGGGUGAGCUGUCCUGAGCUAUUGUCCAGCGACCAGCCUGUCCCACACGGCUGCACCCAGCCUGCCAACACCACCCACCAUGGAGUCCAGAGGGAAGUCGGCCAGCAGCCCCAAGCCCGACACCAAGGUGCCCCAGACCACUGCCGAGACCAAGUUCCCCCCAGCUCCUGAUGGGAAAGUCCCCUCGACCAAGCCUGCGAAAAAGGAGACCCCGGCAGAGAAACAGGAGCAGACGGCAGCCCCCAAGAAGACCACAGCCAAGGCAGACCCCGCCCUUCUCAACAACCACAGCAACCUGAAGCCCGCCCCCACAGCCCCCACAGGGGCCCCUAGCAGUCCUGAUGCAACCCCAGAGCCCAAGGGUCCUGGGGAUGGAGCAGAAGAGAAUGAGGCUGUCAACAGGGGCCCUGAGGGUCCCGGGGGCCAAGGUCCCUGGCCAUGUGAGAACUUGAACCUUCUACUGGUGGCUGGUGGGGUGGCUGUGGCAGCCAUAGCCCUAAUUCUUGGUGUGGCUUUCCUGACCCGGAAAAAAUAAUGCCUGGUGGCCAGGUGGGGGCACAGAGCCACUCUUGUACAGGCCUGAGGAAGCUAGUGCAUGCAUAGUCACCCCUACCCAUCCACACAUACGCACAUCCCUUAUAGAAAUCCAUCUGUCCCACACAUACAGUGGAGAGGGACACUGAGCCCACCCCUGCUGACGCAGUUCUGGGGGCUAUGGGGCAGGACAGGGUAGAGCUCCAGCAUCGGGCAAAGGGUGGGGUCCUCAGAGUCCUGUGUGUGUCCAUGCGUGCCUGUCCUGAGACCCCAGUGAUUCUGGGGAGCUUUCCAGCAGCGGCACCCAGGAGGAGCCCACCCCCAGGCUGGUCUCUGAAGUGGGGGUGGGGAGUGUGGGAAUGGGUUCUGGCUCAGCCCCUGCCCUCAUGGGAUAUUAAAGGGCAUGGUAACUCCACUUUCCCCAUUUCUGCUCUUUCUGUGCCCCUGGGGGGGGGGGUUGUCUGUGCGCCAAUGCAGUGGGACUGGCCGCAGGUUGGUGAUUACCUUGGCAGAGCCUUGGUGUCCUCCACCCACCGCCGGUGCCCCAGCUGGAGGAAAGACAGUGGGAGGCCAGACCUGGGAGCCCCAGAGCUCCCCUUUCCCAGAUUAUGCUCCAGGACACCACCCAGGCCUGGGACCUGGCCCCAGAGCCUUGACCAUCCUAUAGCUUCUGAGGGCCUGAAAGUGGGGUGACUGGGAAAGGCCCUGCCCCGUGGCUGUGCCUGCCCAGAGCCCCCAGAAUGCCCCCUCCCACCUGCACCCAGCAUUCUCUGAGUCCAACAAGCGUAUAAAUGCAAUAAAGGUAGAGUAGAGUCGCUGGGGGUGACUGUCGCACACCGCCCACUGCCCCAUAGUGCCUGUAGGGAGCCUCCCACACAGCCCUCUUUUAGCACAUCUGGCCCCAGCUUGGCCCUGGGCAUGGUGGCAGCAGAAAUGCUCCUGGAAGGUGGUGGUGGGCACUGUGAGAACAGGACCUACCCUCACCUGGCCAGUGGCCACAGGUACCCUGGCCUGAGUGGAGGCUGAGUCUGAAAUAAACUCUGUUGUCUAAAGGC